GUAUGAGGGCGCUUAUUACUUAUAUCCAAAAUGGCAGCCUCCGUAGAAUGAGUUCGGUCUACUUCAAUAUUCCUGUGCUAUGGUCGUAAGUUUGAUUGCCACCGAAUGGAGAUCACUACUAGCCCUUCGUCAACAUGUUUACUGAACUGAAUGCCUUGUUAGACUGCAUUCCUAGUCGACCACCCAAGGGACAGUUUAUAUUGCUUUCUGACAAUCUAACAGAUGGUACAUUUAUUCUCCACCAUUAUAUCUCCUUGUUUCUUAAAGGUGGUCAUAAAGUGUGUCUUGUAUCAUUGUCUCAAUCAUUCAGCCAUUACAAUGCUGUUGGUCAGAAACUGGGAGUUAACCUUUCUUUGGCUAAAGAAAAGAAUCAGUUGGUGUUCAUAGAUGGAUUGCAAUGUUCUCUCCAGUUGUUUGCAAGUUCAGAUGAUUCAAUGCAGAAUAAUCCACUUGUGUGUAUUAGAGAUAGUAAAACAACUUUACAGCCACUCUACGAAAUGGUACGAAAUGCUGUGUGUAACUCAGAUGGGAAAGUAGAAACACCAGUAUUACUAUUAAUAGAUGAUCUCAGUAUAUUGUUAAGCCUGGGGAUUAGUUUAAUCUCAGUCUAUGAUUUUAUGCAUUAUUGUGUUGUUAUGCUGUGUGGCAGUAUACAGUCGGUUGGUUGCUUAGUAACCCUCAUUCAUUCAGAUAAAGAUGAAGAAAACAGUCUUCUCCUCAGACAUCUUCUGUAUUCUAGUCACCUGCACCUACACAUGAAUGGUCUGUCCAGUGGUUUUUGUAAAGAUGUACAUGGAGAGCUUUCUAUCCACUGGAAUGAUCCAUGGCAAAUUUUACCAUCCAGACAGCGUCGGAAAAUAUACCAGUAUAAAAUACAAGACAAACAUGUUUCUUUUUUCGCUCCUGGGACUUCUGCAGCAGUUCUUUGACAGACGCUGUUGUCUAUUCUUAAAAUUUUACCAUUUAAUUAUUUAGCAAAUUUUCAUAAUUUUAAAAUUUCAACCAAUCGCAGAAUUGUACUGUUUUUAGUUCCUUAAAUUUUUUUCUCCUCAGCUUUUUAUUCUUUUAGUUUGAUUUUCUAAUUCAGACUUCAAUGAUAAACCCAUAAAAGUUGAAUUGGUGGUAUGUGAUAUUAGAGAAUAAUGUGAACAUUAUGCAAACAAUCUUCUACUACGGUAGAUCUGCACACAAAAUAACUUACUUUUCCUAGGUUUUAAAUAAGAAUGGUUUGAUACAAAAAAUGUUAUUUCUUUGGUUUGUUAUUAAAUAUUCGUAAACUUG